AUGUCUAGAAUUCUUUUAUUAUUACAUCCAACAGUAGUCACUGAUCAGCAUCUCGUUGAGAGUAUUAAACAAGAUAUCAAACUCAAACACGAGAACUUCACAUUAGAACAGCAAAUAAUUGAUCGUGUUACCAGGGGUGAAGUUGAAUUAUUCCGUGAUUCAUAUAAUGAAAUCAGAUAUAUAAAUCCAAAUUCUCCAGAAUAUCUCGAAAUGCCAUUACUGUUGAUUCAAUUAUUUUAUAAUGUUUUGCAAAGUGAUGGGAAAUUAUAUGGAGAUUUACCUAAAGAUCAAGAUUUAGACGUGUUAUUAACCGGGUUUGUAAUUGAAGACGGGGUUUGGAUAAAACCAAGACCAGUUGAAACCGUUUUAUUAAAGAAGAAAUCUACUGGUGAAGCCAAGAAGAAACUUCCACUGUUCAAGAAAUUAAAUGCCGCGGUAACUAGUUCGCCACCUGAAUUAACUGAUGGAUUAUCAUCCCCACCUACUGAAGAAGAUGAAGAAGUGUCUAUAAAGAGGAAAUUGGAUCAAACUAAAUUAUCGUACUUUAGCGAUGAUGAUUCUGAUUCUGAUAAUGACGUUGAUUCAUUCAUAGAUGAAAAUGAAUUAAUCACCCAAACUAAAAUGGAUGGAUUAAUAAUACCCAAAAAAUGUGAAUUACCAAAUGGAAAACGAAGAAAGAAGGCAUGUAAAGAUUGUACUUGUGGUUUAAAAGAAUUGGAAGAAGAAGAAGCAGAUACUCAAAGAACAUUACAAGAUUCAAUAUUGGGUAAAAUGGCACAACUGGCAACUAUGGAAGCUAUUAAAAUUGAAGAACGAUUAAAAGCAAAAGUACAAUUUAGAGAAGAGGAUUUAUCAGAAAUUGAUUUUACUGUACAAGGUAAGACUGGUGGUUGUGGAUCUUGUUCUUUGGGUGAUGCGUUUAGAUGUGAUGGAUGUCCAUAUUUGGGAUUACCUCCUUUUAAACCUGGGGAAGUUGUUACAUUAGAUGGAUUUGGUGAAGAUAUUUAA